AUGCCGGACAUACACUUGCCAUCGUUCAGGUCUAGCCAACGGCUUCGCAAACCUCUGAUCGAAUAUUGUACCAAUGAAUGGCGGAAUGGCGCGGCUUAUGACCCUCCGUUCGGGUCGAGAUUUGACGAGGACAGAUUCGUGGACCGGCUCGAGAUUUUUGUGGACAGAGCUCUUGCGGUAAUACGGGCGCCGAAAUUUCGAAGACUGGCUCUGUUAUUGGUGGUCCUCACACUCACUUCGACCGUGUUAUGGAUCAAAGUCAUGGCACCGUUCCUGAAGGAGGAGCGAGCAGCAUGGUCGUCACUCAACAAACACGCCGAAUCGGCCGGCGAUGGUCUGUUUGGAGCCAAUGUCCGCCCGCAAUUCUCCGACAUGGUCUAUAUGCAGACUCUCGAUCGCAGUCUGGUGCCCGGGUCAUUGAAUGAAAAAGGAGAAUCCUCGACCAAGAAGAGACUGGUGUUUGUCGGAGAUGUUCACGGCUGUCGCGAGGAACUGGAGCGCCUGCUGAAGAAAGUCAAGUUUGACCCCAAAACAGAUCACCUGGUGGCCACGGGAGAUAUUGUCAACAAAGGGCCAGACACGCCUGGAGUGGUGGAUCUCCUGCGCGGCUAUAAGGCUUCUUGCGUGCGCGGGAACCACGAAGACCGACUUCUCCUGGUCGCGGACGCAAUAAAGUCAAAUUCAUUAGAGUCGAAGAAGAACUCGGGCCACGACUCAGAGGGAACCGUGAAAGCCGACGACGAGGAACGAAAGCUGGCGCAAUUGCUCAAUGCCGAGCAACUUGCCUGGCUCAAGUCGUGUCCUGUCAUGCUUCGAGUAGGACAGUUGAAAGCUUUUACCGGUGAGGUGGUGGUCGUACACGCCGGCCUUGUCCCGGGUCUUGCUCUGGAGAAUCAAGACCCAUCUUCGGUCAUGAACAUGCGCGUUCUUGACCUCUCCACUCAUUUACCCUCGAAGGAGCACGAGCGCGAAGGAAGUGUGCCGUGGUACAAGCUGUGGAAUAAAUACCAACAGUUGAUCCCAGCGCAGCAACGGCUGGCCCAGUUGAAAAAUCGAGGCAAAUCGAGGCCAGGUGAAGGGCAGAUCACCGUCAUCUAUGGCCAUGACGCCAAAAAGGGUCUGCGACUGCAGAAAUUCUCAAAGGGACUUGACACUGGUUGUGUGAGCGGAGGCAAACUCACCGCACUAGUCGUGGAUGACGCUGGAAAGCAGAAGGUUGUCCAGGUCGGGUGCAAGGACAGUCGCAAGCGGCCACCCGUUCAGGUCGACGUCGACAAUAUCCUCCGGAAAGGGAUCACAGGGCCGCCGCUCGGCGGAGAUGCGGAUUAG